CAUCCGGAAUAACGUUAGUGUUGUCUGUGUUGUGAUGAGAGGCAGUGUGUGUUCGCCUCUGUGCUGUGACUCUAGUCAUUGGGUGAGCGCCCUGUGCGUCGCCUGCCUCGUCAGAGAAGGUGGUGUGGCGUCUCCAGAGCAGUGUGUGUGAGGAGCCCUGGUGAGGAAGCACUGCCAUGGCCGCUGCCGCUGCCGCUUGGGAAGUGGACUACUCACAUCUCAAACUGGUGUGCAUCUUGAUGGAUGCAGGAGGAGCCGUGCUCUCUUAUGCUCUGAAAUGCGGCACAAACAAGACCGCCUCCGUCACUCUCUUGGACCACCUGAAGAAUUCCCCAGUCACCUCGACGGCCAACUACCACAAGCUGAACGGUCAGCAGAGGAGGAAAGCGUUUAACUCCGAUGAGAAAAAAAAGAUUGCUGAAGACCCCUCGUGCCAAAGCUUUGAUGUAACACUGCUCUACAAGAGUAUCAGACUGGCCUGUGAAAAUGUUGCAGAACCCAGUGAUAAAUGCUGGCAAGAUGAUACAGUGAUGGAGGGCCUGCUCACUAAGAUCAAAGACGAAAGAAACACCUGUGUGCAUGAAAGGCCUCAGAUGACAGAUGAACAGCAAUUCCUGGACAAAGUUAAGAAGCUCAAGAGCCUCUUCAUCACAGCCCUUCAGGCCAUCAAGGAGAGGUAUGAUGUCUCUGACGAUGAGACCACAAGCGUCAGUAACAACAUAACAACGCAGAUACAAGAUAUAUUGCAGGCCUUUACUGACAAGGUCAUCUUACAGAUGAAUUUUGAUAAACAGCUUCAUUUGUUUAAGCAAGAGUCAGUGAGUCACCUGAGAGAAAUUUACAAACAGUUUGAAAAAUUUUAUCCAUUGUCCUUCCUCAGUGUGUCCCAAGAAUGGGUCCACAUCCAGACUGUAUUUUCAAAUCUUGUCCUUGAAGAACCCACAUCCCUAGAAAUUGACUCGUUAGAUCUUUUAAAAGUUGUAACAGCAGAGUCUCAGGGCUCGCAGCCUGAUGAGGACCAAAGGCCACGCCUCGCUGUGGUGAGCGGCGUCGCCGGGAGUGGCAAGACCACCCUGCUCACUUUCAUCUUGUCGGAGUGGCUCAAGGAAGAGUGUGACCGCCGCGUCACACACCUGGAGGAGUACGACAUUGUACUCAGGAUGGUGUGCCGGGACACAGAUGCCGAAGAUCUGGAGAUGUUCCUGGGCCUGGCCCUCUCGCCUAAUCUCUCUUGUCUGAAAGUGCAUAACAAUUCUCUCAUUGGCUAUUUAAAGCACUGUAAAGUGCUCUUCCUCAUCGAUGGUCUGGACGAGCUGAACAGCACCUCUGAAAAGCUCGUCACUAAUAUUCUGAAUACAACUAAAUAUAACAAAAAUUUCUCAAUUCUCGCCACCUCACGACCGGAGCGAGUGCACCAGUUCUUGGCCCGCACGCGACAGGACUAUAAGCAGUCGGAGAUAUCUAUCAAGGGGAUUCCUGCCCUUGGGAGGACGGAGUUUGCGCUCCAAUACUGCACCUCCACAAACCAGGAUAAGUUGAGGGAGUUCAUAAGAAAGCAAAAGAAUAUAAAGUUGUUUGAACUUCCCAUCAACCUAUUAUUAAUGGUUACAGUAUUUGAAAACAAUCCUAAUUGCAUUACGGAAAACACUACCCAAGCCAGCUUGUACAGCCGCAUCCACGAGUGGUGCACAGAAGAGCUGCGAGACAGAAUAUCCGUGCACCCCACAUGGGGGAAGAAGAGGCCACACACCCUCAGGGCGAGGAUAAAAAGAGUGGUGAAAGAGAUGUACCAAGUGGCACUACAAGGCCUGCUGCUGGACAGACAGAGCCUCUCGGAGGAGGACACCGAGUGGUUGACAGAUUGCUGUGAGAGAGAGGACCUGCCAGCCCAAGAAGUCCUGGAAGCCUUCUUCACUCUGCAGUCGUCCAUCACCAACAGAAUACGCCAAGAAAACUACGUCAUGCACCACAAAGGAAUGCUGGAGUACUUUGCAGCUCGACAUAUCAUGCAGUGCCUUCAGGGUGGAUCCCACCCAGGACCAGGGGCUAUUAGUAGCCUGCUUCAGGGCGCUGCUCAGCCACAGACACAGCCUCUAGGUCUUCAUUAUGGAUUCCACCCAGAACCUGGAGCUAUUAGGAGCCUGCCUCAGGGCGCUGCUCAGCCACAGACACAGCCUCUAGGUCUUCAUUAUGGAUUCCACCCAGAACCUGGAGCUAUUAGGAGCCUGCCUCGGGGCGCUGCUCGGCCACAGACACAGCCUCUAGAUCUUCAGGGUCUGCGCAACCUUUUCUGGCAUGUGGCGGGCAUGCUGGCCACAGAAGAGGCACCAAACUGUACUGAGUCCAUCAAGGAGGUGAUAGAGCUGCUGGGCAAGACAGGCGCAGCAUGGGAUGAGUGGCUGUCGCUAGUGGAAGACACGGAUUAUAACGAAAGCUUCCUGCAGGGCAUUGCUCACCAUGUCACAGAAAAUCCUUCUCAUGGCACAGUAAGGAUAAGUGACAAUUCGUUGGCCAGCGCUGCGGCACUGCUCCCCCGCACUCCCACAACAACUGUGCUAGUAACCAUGCAAAACGAAAAAGUAAAUGUGGAGAAUGUUCGUGCCUUGGUUGAUCAUCAUUGCAGUGAGUUACAUUUGCAGCACCAUUACAAGCACCCCGCCAACACAUGCGUCUCAGACACCGUGCUGCGUGCCAUACACAGGAGUCACCUUAAGGUGUUCACUGGUCACCUGAGUGCUAAUUGUGUGGUGGUGCUCCCUGAAUGCCUUGAGGAGCUGUGCCUGGCUGUAUCUAGUGAUGAGCACACUGCCAGUCUCACAGCAGUCCUCACCCAAGCCAUCUCAUCUCUGCCUAACCUGCGGAGGCUUGUCAUACACGUCCCUGUGGCAAUGGUAACACCAGCAGCGGUUCUGUCACCACUGCCUGACAUCAGAGACGUGUCCCUGGCCUUGUCUGGCGUGGACAAAAGCCUGAUGGAGGAAGCGUGUCAUGUGGCAGCAGCUCUCCAGCCUAGGACAGGAUAUGAUGUCACUGCAUUCCCCUGGGGCAGCAUGGAGGCAGCAGAGUGGCGGCGCCUGCUUCACCUCCUGGCGGCGGCACCGGCCAGGGGGAGGUGGGGAGGUGUUUGGAUACCAGAGGAAACCAUCACGGAGGAGGAGGAGACAGAGCUGAUGGACCUUGCUGACGCUUUGUUGGGGUGUGGGCUGUUCAGGUGUGUGUGUGUGUGUGUGUGUGUGUGUGUGUGUGUGUGUGUGUGUGUGUGUGUGUGUGUGUGUGUGUGUGUGUGUGUGUGUGUGUGUGUGUGUGUGUGUUUACCCAGUUGUGAUAUACAGGAGAGGAGCUAAGCUCAUACUGUCCUGUCUCCAUAACUGUUUUCAUCCAGCUUUUCCUUAAAAUCAUGAAUAUUUGUAGGACACACCACUUCCCCUUCCAGUCCAUUCCAUGCCUCUAUGCUUCUAUGAGGGAAGCUAAACUUCUUGAUGUCCCUUCUGCUGGUGGUUACUUUUAGUUUUCUUCCAUGUCCUCUUGUUUCUCUUUUGUUCAUUAUAAAACUAUCUAGUUUUUCCAUCACACUCGGCAAUCUGUACAAUGCAAUCAAGUCGCCUCUCUCUCGUCUCUUUUUCAAGGUUGGGAGUUGCACUCUAGCUAGUCGCUCCUCAUGUGACAAAUCUUGCAAUUCUCUUAUCAUCUUUGUUGCUGCUCUCUGUAUUCCUUCCAACUUUCUUAUGUGCUUUUUUUCAUGCGGUGGCCAAGUUACUGCUGCGUAUUCUGAUCUUGGACGUAUCAUUGUGGCGAUUAUUCUCAUCAUUUCAACAUCCAGAUAAGCAAAGACAACUCUUAUAUUUCUUAGUAGGCUUAGUGUGUGUGUGUGUGUGUGUGUGUGUGUGUGUGUGUGUGUGUGUGUGUGUGUGUGUGUGUGUGUGUGUGUGUGUGUGUGUGUGUGUGUGUGUGUGUGUGUGUGUU